ACGCGGCCUGCGGGGGCUCGGCGGCUGAGGGAAGGCUGCCCCCGCGCCACAGCCGCGUACUGCGUCCCUGACUGCUGGCCGGACACGUCCUCCUGGCCAAGCCGGCCAUCCCUCGGGAUGGAUCUCCCUCAGCCCACGUAGGGCUGACCUCACAAAUGCCACCACUCAGGGACGCCCCAACUGCGUCUCCGGGAGGGGCGGGCCGCGGAGUCGGCCCUUCCCGGAAAUCCCCGCGAGCGCGCGCCGCGAGCGCCCGGAAGCUACAAGUCCCCGGCCUCGGCGCGCUCCCGGGGGCGGGACUUCCCGGCGGCGACGCGCGCGGAGACGAGAUGGACGAGGCGCGGGGUCACCGGCGCCGCUCGCUCUACCAGGCGGCGGGUUCGCCGUCCUGGAAGGAGGCUUUCCGGCAGGGAUGCCUGGAGAGAAUGAGGAACAGCCGGGACAGGCUUCUGAAAAGAUACCGCCAGGCGGGAGGCAGUGUGCCAGGGAGCGCCCCGAGCACCCUUCUGGUGCAAGAAGUGAUGGAAGAAGAGUGGAGCGCGUUGCAGUCGGUGGAGGGCUGUCCAGAGGGCUUGGCUCAGCUGGAGGAGCCCGUGGACCUGGCCGUGCUCGAGGAGAUCCAGCAGGAGCUGGCUGAGCAAGAGCGGAGCAUCAUCAGCGAGUAUGAGAAGAGCUUGCAGUUCGAUGAGCGGUGUCUCAGCAUCAUGCUGGCCGAAUGGGAAGCAAACCCCCUCAUCUGUCCUGUGUGCACAAAGUCCAACCUGAGGGUAUCGAGCGGCGUGGUCACAUGUCCGUGUGGCUUGUACCUCUCCUCUCAGGCCCCGGAGUUGACGGAGCAAAAGCUCCGUGCCUGCAUCGAGGACAGCGUGAGCGAGCACAGCGCGCACUGUCCCCACACGCCUGAGUUUUCGGCCACCGGGGGGAUGGGAGAAAAGCCCGCUCUUCUCAUGAGCUGCCCGGCUUGUGACACUUGGACGGUGAUCGUCUAGAACCUGCCUGGGCACCUCGUUCUGGGGUGGAGCCUGCUCACUCCGUGUGACAAAGGGACUUGUAAAUACAGACCUUUAAUUUAUAACUUAUUUUGUAUUAAAAACUUUCAAACGUC